AUGCCUCUGCUCUGCUUCUACUGGCUCGUGGCAGCCCUGGCUGGGUCUGAGGUCACAGCUGACUGUGCCCCUCCACUUGGGGACAUUCUAGGUCUUGUUUGCAGCGAGCAGUACUUCCUGCCCUGGAGCAAAGCUGCAAAGAGGCUCUCCGUCCUGCGACAGGUCACGACAAGCCCCACAAAGUGUACUGAGGCCCUGGCCUUGGAGGCCGGCAGCUCCGUGCCCCUGGCCAUUGCCUAG